AGUCGGUGUUGCAGAGUGUGCGCGUGUACCUGUGUGCAUGCAUGUGUUGGUCGAUUAGUGAGUUGACACAGUGUGAUCAGGCAUGUAGCGUUCAUUGAUCAUUAGCUCCUGGCACUCUGGACCCAUCAUGGAGUCAGGGAAGCAGCUCUCAGGUACGCUGGCUGUGUCGGUGUUUACAGCAGUUCUGGGGUCUUUGCAGUAUGGCUACAGUCUUGGAGUCAUCAACGCUCCGCAGAAGGUCAUUGAAAAGAAUUAUGGCCUGUCACUGGGUGUGUGGUCAGAGAGGGCCGCUGUCCUGUCAGAAAACAGCACAGAGGAAGAAGAGUUCUCCGAUGCAGGAAAGCAUCCUACGGUGAUCAUGUACUGGUCACUGUCAGUGGCAAUCUUCUCUAUUGGUGGCAUGCUGUCCUCCUUCCUGGUGGGAUUUAUAGGAGACCUGAAAGGAAGAGUUAAGGGCAUGCUAAUGGUCAAUGUUCUGGCGAUAGCUGCUGGACUGCUGAUGGGUUUUUGCAGAAUGUGGAAACCUCACUUCAUGGUCAUCGCCGGCCGUGCCGUUAUGGGCUUUUACUGUGGGUUGACAUCUGGUUUAGUGCCCAUGUAUAUCGGGGAGAUUGCACCCAAAGCUUACAGAGGAGCUCUGGGAACGAUACACCAGUUGGCUAUUGUUGUUGGCAUUCUUAUCAGUCAGGUAAUAGGCCUGGACUUUGUGCUCGGUAAUGAUGACAUGUGGCCCCUGUUGCUCGGUCUGUCUGGAGCUCCAGCAGUUUUACAAUCUCUUCUGCUGCCUCUGUGCCCUGAGAGCCCGCGCUACCUUUAUAUUCUACUGGGCCAGGAGCAAGAGGCUCGAAGAAGUCUUCAUCGUCUAAAGGGGGCGUACGAUCCAUCUGCUGAUCUGGAGGAGAUGAGGAAAGAGAAAGAGGAGGCAGACAGGGAGGCCAGGGUCUCUAUUCUUUCAUUGAUCUGCUCCUCCGUGUACAGACAGCAGCUGAUUGUUGCCCUCAUGAUGCAUCUCUCUCAACAGUUAUCUGGCAUCAAUGCUAUAUUUUAUUACUCUACAAAUAUCUUCGCUAAUGCUGGUGUGGCUCAGCCGGUCUAUGCCACUAUAGGUGUCGGGGUCAUCAACACAGUCUUCACACUGGUGUCCGUUGCACUGGUGGACAGAGCUGGCAGGCGCACUCUGACUCUGGUGGGUCUUGGAGGAAUGUGCUGCUGUGCUGUUGCCAUGACUGUGGGCCUCAAUUUUAAGAGUGACUAUGCAUGGAUGAGCUACGUCUGCGUGGCAGCUAUCUUCCUCUUUGUGAGUUUCUUUGAGAUUGGUCCUGGUCCCAUUCCGUGGUUCAUAGUUGCUGAGCUGUUCAGCCAGGGACCUCGACCGGCGGCCAUCGCUCUCGCUGGCUGCUGCAACUGGACGAGCAACUUCAUCAUAGGCAUGACCUUUCCCUACAUACAGGUGUUUUUGGGUGUUUAUGUGUUUGUCCUGUUUGCUGUGCUGCUUCUCUGCUUCACUGUGUUUAUUUACUUGCGGGUCCCGGAGACCAAAGGCAAAACAUUUAAGGAGAUCGCUGCUGUCUUCCAAAAGGGACACAAGAAGAGCCCCAAAGAUGCCACUGAACUGCAGCAGCUCAAAACGUCUACAGAUGCUUAAAAAGACGUGCAGCUUUGUAUGAUCUGUUAAGCAUAGGAAAGAUUUUAAAACCAGUAUUUUAGAUGUGAUAUGGUAAUGAACAUUCAUACUUACAGUAUUCUAAUCAUUAUUAAUUACUAAAGUUCACAUUUUUACAAAACAUCUGUUCAUUUUCACAUUAUGACAGCUACACUUAAAGAUCAUGUAUCCUUCAUAUGGAGUAUUGUUUACAUUGAAUCAUAAUAGAAACUUUAUAUGCAGUAUUAUUGUGGUUAAAAUGGCUGUUAUCAAUAUUACAUUACAUUGUAUUGGAAAGAUAGCACUUAUAAAGUACUAUCACUUUGCAUUUGGCUUCAGCUCUACUAAACUUUACUGUCUCUGCUUAUUUUGCAUAACAGGUUUUAUACUGUUUUUUUUUUUCACUGCCUGCAUUCCCAUUGCGUGAUUUGGGCAACAGGAGGCAGCAGUCUUCAGAAAAUCAGCUCUAAAUUCACACCCAAAAGGAGAGUGGAUUUGGUAGGAACCAGCGGCCAAAUACACUAUUACAACUUAAUGUUAGCUUUGCCCUUUGUAAGACAGAUUUUUGCAUCUGUAUGCUAUGAAGUUUCUCAAGUCACUGUUGCGUUCACAGCUUGCUUCUGCUGCCCCUCAGUGGCCAAAAGCCCUUACAUUGUCCCAUACUACCUGAAGUGUCCAAUAGUAUCUGUUCUACUGUACUGUUGUUUGGUAAGCACUUACUGAUAUCUCUGUCUGUAUUUAAAAAAUGACUGCAAUAUUUCUGUCUUGAUAUAUAAUCACAAGCAUCUCUACACUAAAAGAUUGUUUGGUU